GAGUGACAAAGAGAGAGAAAGUGGGGGGAGAAAGAGUGAGGGAGAGAGAGAGAAAGAAAGAGAGAGUGUGCAUUUGUGUCAGUGUCCAUAAUUGAUUACCUUCCUAUCUACAAUAACUUGUUAGUGGUGGUCAACUGCGGCUGCUUUUUGGGAAUCACUGUCCACUGGAUGGUUUCAUGUUGUGGCUCGUGCGUCACCCCGUAACAGUGGACAGGAGAAGUGGGACUUUAACUGGACUCAAAGUCUCCCUACCCUGCGGCAAAGCGACCAACAUGCGGUUGCAGAAGCACCUGUGAUCGGAUUUCCAUUCUCCACAUUUCCCACAAUUUUCCAUUUAGGCAUAAUUAUUUUGAAGUAUAACCAGUGCAUAAACAAAUCUCCGAAGUGUCACCUGAUAAACUACUAUGACCUCCAAAGAUCCCACGGUUAUGGAGGACCGGAGACGCAGCGCGCUGGACCAGCUCCCGCCGCCGGCCAACUCCAACAAGCCCCUGACGCCAUUCAGUAUAGAGGACAUCCUGAACAAGCCCUCGGUAAAGAGAAGUUACUCCAGCUGUGGAACGGCGAACCUGAUCUCCUCCAUCGAGAAGCUGUCCUCUUCAGGUCAUAGCCUGUCCAGCCGGGCGCUUUUCACCCAAACCUCCCCGCUCUGCGCUCUGGAGGAGCUCGCCAGCAAAACCUUCAAAGGGCUCGAAGUCAGUGUUCUUCAAGCUGCGGAGGGCCGAGACGGCACGACACUAUUCGGUUCGCGGAAUAACCCCAAAAAGCGCCGGAAGUCUCGCACGGCCUUCACCAACCACCAGAUCUACGAGUUGGAAAAGCGCUUCCUUUACCAGAAGUACCUAAGUCCAGCUGACCGCGACCAAAUAGCACAGCAGCUCGGCCUCACCAACGCGCAGGUCAUCACCUGGUUCCAAAACCGGCGCGCCAAGCUCAAACGCGACCUGGAGGAGAUGAAGGCGGAUGUCGAGUCGGCCAAAGCCGUGGGAACCGUGUCGUUCGAGAAGAUGGCCAAACUAGCCGAACUGGAGAAAUGCGCAGCUAACGGCGCGAUGGGCCCUAACAGAUCUGAGUCAACCUCGCUAUUGAACCAUGAGCGCAACACCUCGAACAAACUCUUAUUGUCCUCCCCUUCGUCGCCAUAUACAGACCACACUAGCAGCAAGGGCUGCUCCGAGGAUGAGGAGAUUGACGUGGAUGACUGAGGAAUUUACUAUUGUAUCUCCCUCUUACCACGACUAAAGUUUGAAGUGCCAUUUAUGCACCACAUCAUGAGGCUUUUAUGAAGAACACUCAGCAUCGCAUGGACUGUCUUAUAUGCAACAACAGAUGCAAACAGUAAUUGUAUUCAUCCAUUCAUUUAACCAACGUGGAAUAGUUUAAAGAAAAGCAAUAUGUAAUUUAUCCACAAAUGAUCUGCCCACACACACACACACACGCACGCACACACACAUACACACACAUACACACACACACACACACACACACACACAUACACCGGUAUGAGCGAAUACCUCUAGCUAAUAACUCAACCUAUGAAUUAUUUCAAUGCAUGUUUUAUUUUGUUUCACUUAAUUGUAAUUUAAAUGACGGUUGGUUUGAAUAUUACACAGAGGUAUUCAGAUUGAAAAACACAACAUAUGCUAGGCUGUGUGUGGCUGUUAUAACUAUAUCGUAGGCCUACAUAUUUCAAAAGUUUGAUAAAGAUGGGAAGACAUUUUCUAAGAUAAUAAUCAAAGAUAAAUAAUAUUCCAUCUGGUUGCUUGUAAUAUCAGUCACAUUUUAAUAUAUUUAUAAUGGUUUGCAUACCUGUAAGUGCCUUUCAAU